GAUAGCUUUCCAUUUCUACGCCCUUCCUCUCCGCAUCCCAUCAGUGAUUUAUUUCCAUUAACUCUCCUUCGCUCCCCAGUUCAAAGUAGAAGCCAGCAAAUCUCCAAUUCCGGUGGGACAACUUCAGCCAUGGCAACCAGAUGUCUCUCUCCUAAUCCAUCCAGGCCCCUAAACCUCAACCCCAAAACCCCAGAUAGCAGCGGCAGCAGCAUCAGAAAGAGCACAAACUCUAAUCCAUUCAAAGCUUCGAAUCCCUCAGAUGUACCUCAGAGGAAUUCAGGAUCCAAGUCCGGGGCUGUGCCUUCAUCUCCGCGUUCUUCCUUUGAGCAAAAGGAGAAUGAAAGGGACCUGAACUGCUCAAAGACAGCCAGGGUGAGAUCCCCUGUAAUGCCUUGUUUGAAGGGUGUCAAGAACUUCAUGGCCCCGACAAUUUCUACCACUUCCAAGGCCAUCGCUGCAUCCCCGAAAAGGAGAAUCCUCGCAGAGAGGAACGAGGUCGUCAGGUCUUCUCUUACUUCAGUUUCUGAUCCACAUGAAUCUCUUGCAAUGGAGGAGGUUGUCUCGAAACCUCAACUGGGUUGUGCCCCUCAUACCCUCCACCAUGAUGCUGCAAAUUUUUCCAAAGUUCCAUCCGAGGAACUGGGUUCGAAGGAUUCCGUGCCGAAAUCUGAAACGGCUUUCGGUUUCCAGGAAGUCUCGGAUGGCGCGGGCUCCACGAAGGUAGACCUUGAAGUCAAGAACCUGCAGCCUGUCAUAGCUUCCUCCUUUUCUCCUUCACCAGCUAUCGCUCCCCUGGAUGCCGAUCCAUCCCUGCCUCCUUAUGAUCCCAAAACCAAUUACCUCUCCCCAAGACCUCAGUUUCUUCGUUACAGACCCAACCAUAGGAUUGAGCACUACCUCAGCAAAGAAGGUCAUUUGCUUGAUAUAGGAGAUGGGAAGCAACUUGAGGAUAGCUUUCCCUCUGAAAGCUGUGAGGCCACCUCCAGUCGGACUGAGGAAGUACAAUCUUCUGACUCGCAAAAGGAUUCCGAGGAAGUGUCUUCUUCCAAUGAGGUGGAAGUUAUGAGAGCUACUGAUGCAACCCUUGUUUCUGAAACUGAAUUCAUACCCGAUUCAAAUGGCAAACAUACUAAAUCUCGCUCUUUCGUAAAAUUUAAGUUCAUUGCCCUUCUUCUGGUUCUGCUCAUCCCAUUCCUUCUUGUCCCCUCAUCUGAUUCUCCGAUCUUAUCUUCUACUUCUGCUUCUUCCGUAUCGAAAGCCCCAGCAUUAUGGUUUUUUGAGGUUCUGCCUUUUAGAAACCACUUGACUGCUUCUAGUAUGAAUCUCCAAGAACUAACUAGGAGCUUGGGAAAAUGGUCAAUUAAUUCAUUUUCUUAUUAUACUACUGUGGCUUCUCUUCCGAAAGAAGAGGAAUUUAGUUUGCUUUAUGUAGCUAACUUAACAACAGCCUUAGUUAUAGAUGAAGGUUUAGAAAAAUAUGAACAGUUUAUUGGGACAACUGAGAUGGAGCAAGCUCCUAAGAAAAGUAUGGGAGAAGAGAGUCAUGAAGGACAUGAAAUAGAGAGAAAAAUUGAAGUGGAGGAUUCAGGAGCUGCGCAGGAUAAUGAUGCUGAAUAUGAGACAGCGAGGAUGGAAACAAAGCGAUCUGAAGAUUUGAGAGAACAUAUCAUGGAAUUGGAUGAGGAGAAGAUUGAAACUACUGAGCUUCAGGAAGAUCUGAAAGAAGACAAUAAUGCUGUGGAAUUUGAGAUGGUGGAUAAUGUUGAAGGGGAUGCUACGAAAGAUAUGGCACAAGGAGGUAAUAUUCAAGGCAUUGAAGAUCAGAAGAAUAUUGAGGUGGAUAAUGUUGAAGGGGAUGCUACGAAAGAUAUGGCACAAGGAGGUAAUAUUCAAGGCAUUGAAGAUCAGAAGAAUAUUGAGGUGGAUGUUUGCCUUUCUCAUGAUCUUGUGACUGAAACUGGAACAGUAGACAGUGAAGAAGAUGGUGGUGAUUUCAGUUUCCCUUCUCAAACCAAGCCUGCUGAUUUUGAUGGUCACCCGGUAGUUGGCAGUAAGCAUCAAAUCUCCAGUAGCCCAAAAUCAGAAGAUUCUACAAUUUAUGGACCCGAAUAUGAGCUUUCAGUGCCAUUGGCAUUGGGAGUAUUUUUAGCAGCUGCAGUUCUGGCAGCAUCCCUGGUUUUUCUGCAUAUGAAGCACAAGCAUACUGCUACAGUGGCGACGCUUGCGAAGCUUCCACCACCCAAUAAAUUGAUCUCUACAUCAAUUUCUGGUAGCAGUGAGAACAAUAAAAGAAGAUCUUAUUAUCAAUCUCCAGUGGAUGUUGAGAUGGUUGGUGACUCUGGUCCUUCAGAAGUGAGCACUAGUCUGUGCAACAGCUCAUUCUCUGGCCGGGGCAGGACAAAGAGAGCCAACGAGGAAGAGAAUCUGAGCAACGAGAGAAAGCUGAGGAGGGAUUCUGCGGUAUCAUCCUCCUCUUAUGGAAGUUUCACCACUUAUGAGAAACUCUCUGCUAAGAAGGGAUCUAGAGAUGAAGAAGAGGCUAUGACUCCAGUUAGGCGAUCAAGCAGGAUAAGGAAUCAAAUUAGAUCUCCAUGAGGAGAAUAUGAAGCCUUACUCUAACUGUUUAUUAAUCUCAUCUGAUGUGUUUCAGUUCCACGUACUGUUUAGCUUCAUUUUAUUUAAUCAGUUGUGUGAAGGUAGUGUAGGAAGUGUUCAAUGAAUUAAUAACAGCUUUGUGCUGUUCUUUUUUAUUAACAAUUAAUCUCAUAUACUUUCCCCAUUUUCUCAAGUCUAUUUAUGUGCUGUUGCCUCAUGUGUGCAUGAAGAGAACUGUUUAGGGGGGCCUCUUGUUACAGUGCAUAACUAUCUAAAUUCAUAUGAGA